CCUCCAUCGAUCGACUUUGAGCCAUUUCAGUUGUACGAGGCUCUCAAUUACCGGUAGAGGUGCUGAAGUCAGAAGAGCAGAUGGAACAAAUGUUGCAGACAGGUGGCAGGUGGGAGGCAGGAUUUUUUUUUUGAUGCUAGGAGGUGGGAUGUUGUCCUUUUCAGCGGGACUUCACAGUUUUCGUGCCGGGUUUGCUAGGGACCGUUGGUCUGUGGGGAUGGAGAGGAAAAAAGAGGCUUGUAUCAGAGGGGGCACGAAAGCUUAAGCAAACAAGAAUAGGUUUCCGGUCGAACGGAUAUGUGGACGUCCGAAAUGGCGCAGCAAGGCCUGGAAACCCAACAAACCGACGGAAGCCAGCACAAAGCGGUGUGUUUGUUUAUACGGGAAAGUCAAACCCAGUGAUCUGGUGAAAGGGGGAACGAAGCGAGAAUAGUUUUAGAGGUUGAAGGGACAAAAGAUUCUUUCCUGAGGGGCGAUCCCUGGUGUUGGUGGUGGUGACUGAAGGGAAGAAGAAAGGUACCUUUAGAUUUUAUAUAUGGGUAAGGGACAUGUGUGCAACUUUAAACUUGACAACAAAACGAACAUCCACAUGUUGUCUCUCUUUGACUCCUACAGUGCUCUCGCGGUAUUUUUUUUUUCUUUUUCUCUUUCUUUUUCUUUUUUCUUUUCUUUUCCUCGAUUUUUAUUUUUUCCCCAUUUAUAUAUUUAUCCUCCUGUCCUGUAACCAUACUGUCCUUCUUUGGGUAUCAUACACAACUACUACUAGAUGCUCCCUUCCUGCAGGCAUGGGAUAACUAAGUCCGUCCUGAGCGAACACCCGAUCUCAGCGGAAUAAGGAACCAAGAUCGCUUCGCCUCUCUAGAAUUCAGGGAUCCGCAGUGGUGUUAUCCUUAAAAAGUGGCGGGGGGAACUGGCUUCAUCAUUUCACCGCCGUUCACACACCCGCUAGAAGUGGACUCGGGCAUCAACUCCCAAUUAGAGGAACGAGCGAUGAUGAGAGCAACAUGCCGAAAAUUGAUUGGAAUGGGGACUCAUGUAAUGGCAGCAAAGUAUACAGGGGUGAGAGAGCUGGAAGCAGGCUUGAUGGAGGGAGGAGUGCGUGAAAGGGACAGACGGAGCGAAAAUGGAUUGAUCAUGGAUGCGUUGGGAGCUGGGAGGCAAACGGAUUCGGAGUGGUGAUGCGAGGGAAAGAGGGGCAACUGAGCUAAGGUCUACCUACCAUCCCAAGGCGAGGGGCACCGCGGGGUGAACAGCGAUAGUCUAGUUCUCACGUCCUUCCUUCAACGAACGGGGCCACGCGACGCAGCAACGACGAGACAUCAGGGAAAACUGUUUCUUUGUUUUUUUCUCUCGCCCUACUCGUACCGCAACCUUGACCCCGAAUGUCGGUGCCAUGAAAGCGUCGAGGGAGACCUUCCCAUCUCCACAGUAUUCCUCGCCACAGCUCGUCAACCGCUGUGUCCCGCUUCCUCUGGUCUGUGCCUUAUGUGCGAUGCAAUAUUCUUUUGCACUGUGCGUACGGGUACGAGUACAGUACAGUAUAGUAUAGUACAGUACACCUAUGCGUGUUGGACGUGUAUUGUGACAUAAGGGUGCUCUCGUCUAUGUAACCGACCAACUCUGUCCUUCAGGUGUUACCCUCCCUGUGCGGACUCGAGAUACCGAGGCCGCUGAUUCGACAAAAAUUCAGAUACUGGAAGGAAUCCUCGCCGCAAGGCAGUGAGAGCGAGGGAAGAGGAGGCACGGUUUGAUACACUGGUGAUUGGCAUGAUAGCUGAAGGUUGCAAAACGUGCAAGGUGUAAUGGUUUGUACUCGUAGAAGCUCAUGGUGCUUGUGAUACUCUCAUGAUGCUGCAAAACCUCAUUUCGAUCCUCAUACCUAAUCCUACAUACCCUACAACAAUAUCAUACAUCCAACCUGUAAACAUCUACCCUCACCUGUCUCUCGUCUGUUUCCUUUUUCCUUUUUUUCUUUUCUUUUCUUCUUCUUUCCCUUUCUUUUCUUCUUUUCUCCCCUUCCCCUUCCCCUUCUCUUCCUCAAUACCUCGCAGCGGGGCACAAAACGGCAAAAACCCACCUCCCGUCUUCUCUCGCCCAUUCAUCUCAUCGUUGUCCUCGCCCUGCCCUCUGUGCGGAGGGCAUGUACGAGUACCGUGCUGUACAUCCUGUCGUCUGUGUUGGGUCCCUCGUAUCAUUCGUCAUCCAGGCAACCAGCCUCUCUGGCGGGAUUAUAAUCUCUCCCACUCUCUCCCUCACCACCACCCUCUCCCAUCUUCCCCCUCUUACUCAUCCCGCAGCUCACUUUUGACUGACCUGUUUUUUUUGCAAAUAUCCUGCUGUCCCUGCUGAUUUUUACUCGUUUGUCCCUCCCCAACUCCAUCUCUUUUGGAUCACCCCUCUCAGAAAUUGCACCCGCCUACACUCUUCCUUAUCCAAUCCAAUUGAUUUGCAUCCAGCACCCCGCGACAAAUCGGAAGCUGAGCCCCCCACUUCACAGUGAAAGGCACCAGCGUAUGCAAUGUCAAUAGACGCACACAAUCCUGUCACCCUCAUCUCAUACAUGGGUGUGUAAAUAUUCUCUGCUCUUGUCGAAUCGUUCCACCCCGUGCCUCUUGCGGCCCAUAACAGUUGUUUGGCUUACGGUCGUUGUUCCCGCUUCUCUCUCCUAGGCUCUACGAGACAUGGUAGAUGCGGCUACUGCACGAAAUCCACAAGUAAUUAUCCCUCCCACGCUUUUCACACACCCCACCUCCCCGCCUCGUCCCUUGCCGCAAAUGUCCAACGCGUUUGCGGCUCUUGCUGUUGUGGAGUGUUUGGUUCAGUGUGAGAACGGGUUGAGUUGACGAGGUCUUCAGGCUGUUCCUUCUACCUUAGGUCUUAUGAUUUGACUGUUACCGAUUACCAAAUACUCCUUGACCGUGGCUGGAGACGGUGGGGGGAUUCCCAAUCUUGCUUUCAUGUUACCUGUAAAGGAUUGUGAAGCAAAUGUUACCUUAUCCCGGACAUGCUGCUGAUGAGAGAUAAUGUUUACUCCCGUAGGAGCGGUACUUUGUUGUAUAAGCCGCAUAUGACGCUUAGCUGUUGUCCACAAUAUACCAUACGGUGAGUUAUCAUUGGGAAUGCGGAAAAACGGCCCCAUUUCCAAAACCCAAUUCGUGCGAUGCUUGUGUCGUAUGUAGGAUUCUUAACGAGACUGGUUGUUGCAGAGUGGAUGCUACCACAAUCAAGACUUCCAGGGACCAGCGCCAGACUCUUCAUAAAUGGUCGAGAUAUGUCCUCGGCGAAAGUUAUGUUCAAGAGUGUGCGAGCAGAUAUCCGAGGUCCAAAGAGUACGUUGAAAGAAUGAAUGAUAUUCACCAGAAUGAAGAGCCCCAUGUGCCCUGAUUUCAUCCGACACAUUUUAGUUCUAUGUCUGCUGACAGGGCAAUUUAUCCAUAUGCAGGGAGAAAAGGAGGCAACAAUCAGAAUUUAACCUUGUUGAGACUGUGCAUGGACCAGAAUAUUCUACCCUUCAGGGGUUGGAGAGAGUCCCCCCGGAGCCUGCCCACAAAUUCGAGGUUAGCCUGGAGCCGACGGUGUUUACCGAGGAGAAGUAAGUGUCAAGCUAUUUCUUGCUUGUGCGCGUGAUGGAAUCAUUCUGGGUCGGCCCCUAGCCAGCCUUAUCCUUCCUUAAUGUUACUGUAUUCGCUUUACCACCCUACUCCCUCGUUUCUGACACUAUUCGGAGAUAUGAAUUAUACGAGAAUUACCAGCGAACUGUUCAUAAUGACCCUGUCUGGCAAAUCACUCGAAAUGAUUUCACGAACUUUCUCUGCAAGUCACCUCUCAAGAACACUACCACGCCUACCGGGAUGAGGCUGGGAUCCUAUCAUCAAUGUUACCGCGUUGAUGGUCGAUUGGUCGCGAUGGGCGUUUUGGAUUUGCUCCCGCACUGUGUAAGCGGUGUGUAUUUCAUGUAUCACGAAGACUACCGUGCAUGGGGGUUUGGGAAGUUGAGUGCUUGUCGGGAGGCCGCCCUGGCUAGAGAAGGAGGUUACCAGUACUACUAUAUGGGUAUAUAAAACCCCUUGUUGGCCCUCAGAUUUAGGGUCUGCGACCCGGACCUGAUUUGAUUUGCAAACCUAGGCUUCUACAUUCAUAGUUGCCCGAAGAUGUGGUACAAGAGGGAGUAUGGCCCAUGCCACCUCUUGGACCCGGAAACAUAUGCUUGGAAUUUGUUCGACGGAAAGUUGGAGAGACUUUUGGACAAGCAUGGCUAUGUUGGAGCGUCAACAAUUCGCUUGCAUGGCGCUACGGAAAAGAACGACGUUUCUGAGAAGGCCCCAGGUUCGGCUCCGUCAGGGAACAUGAUUGAGGCAGGGGAUCAAUAUGAAAGCGAAGAGGAGGACGAAGAUGUCCCCCCAGGGUUUGUUUUCAGCACGAAAAUGCCCGGGAUAAUGACAAAGCGAGAAAUCGAGGAUUUUGAUGCUCGAACCCUCAGAUUCCAGUUGGCAGGCUCAGAGAUCACUGCAAAGGUAAAGUUUCCUAUUCCCGCCUCAGACCCUGUAGUAUCUAAUCGCAAUUUAUCCUAGGAGCUCGAGGAGUUGGAUCUGGCUACCUACAUAGACGUAGGUAUGGAAGUAUUAGCUACGGUUGGUCCGGAUGUUGCAAGGUCAAUGGUUCUAUUGUGUGAGAUAUGUUGAACAAGGCAGGUGUGACAAUUUGUAAGGUAAAUUGUUGUAUCGGCUCUGAGCUUGUAUCCAGUGAUAGGCUGGCUAACUCUCCCAAUCUCCGGGGGUGUUAUUGUACACUAUUGCCUUGGGCAGUCAUUUCCACGACCUCAAGACCGCUAGUAAUAGGAUUCUCUUGUUGCGCUGCGCGCUAACGCGGGUGUAUUUGCAGGGUUUGGGAUGCUGCUCGGGUGCAUAAAAGAUUCUGACUACCGUUACAAGGAGGUGAUGGACCGCUUCGGGUAUCAUAUGCCACUGCUUGGUAAUUACAUUUUCUGA